AUGAAGAAUAUUAAUUGGCUUCCCAAUGAUUUAAUUGUGGAUAUAUUAGGCGAUGUUCUUGCUACAUCAAUUUCUGAUUUCUUCAAUGCUAAAUUAAGUUGGAAAUUAUUCAAUAAACUAGCCAAAGAUAAUGAUGAAUAUAUUCACAAUAAACUAUCACUUGAUGAGCUUUCUUGUCAUCCAUGGGAUCUAUACCUAUGCAAGGAAGCAAUUGCCCUCUUCAUGAAAUGCCUACACAGUCAAAAUUUAGAAGCUAUGUAUAGACAAGGAGUGAUUGAUUACUUAAACUUCCACCAGAAAAAAGAAUCAGGUUUAGAAUUGUUGAAAAAGGCAGCCAAUGCUGGUCACCUUGGAGCUUCUUAUUUCAUGGGUAUUAUCUAUAUUUGCAAAGAAGAUCAUCAUAAAAGUGAUGAUGAAUCAGAACAAAGUUGUACUAAGCUUGGGUUACAAUUAUUGGGCAAUAUUAAAACAAGUGCCCAAAUGCUAGAAUGUCGAAAAAAAUUGAAGGAGAUAGCUAAUUCACUAUGGCUUACACAAAAUCAUGACUUUCUCAUACCAAAGUUGUUUGAGUGUCAAUUUCCAGAACGAAAGAGAAGGUUGUGGCCUUGUUUGGAUGAUGAUUUAUUGCUAUGUUGUCACACAUGUCGACUCAAUAAUGAAAUUACUUUUGUUUGUAAUUUAAUGGCUGGUUGUUCUAUAUUUUCAUAUCAAACUUGUUAUCAGUAAUGAUUUUGUAUUUUAUUUAUUUGAGGGCAUUUAAUGUGAACAAACUCACUUUAGUUAGUUAUUGUAUUUUGUUUUAAUAAUAAAUUUUAAUUUUACUUUCUUUAA